UGCUUCUCUCCCCCCGGUCCACAGAAACAGACGGGAGCGAUGGAGGAAGAGUUAAAAUGCCCCGUUUGCGGUUCCCUCUUCAAGGACCCCAUCCUGCUGCCGUGCUCCCACAAUGUCUGCCUGGCCUGUGCUCGGAACAUCACCGUCCAGACCCCGGAGGGAGAGACCCCGGUGCAGAGCCGAGCCUCGGGCAGCUCUGACUACGACUACCUGGACAUGGACAAGAUGAGUCUGUACAGCGAGACGGACAGCGGAUACGGCUCCUACACGCCGUGCCAGCUCAAGUCUCCAAACGGGGUGCGUGUGUUUCCGCCGGCCACCCACCACCGACACUGCUCCCUCACCUGCCCGCUGUGCCAUCGGAGCGUCUCCCUGGAUGAGCGGGGGCUCCGGGGUUUCCCUCGGAACCGGUUGCUGGAGGCCAUCGUGUCGCGGUACCAGCAGAACCGCCGCGCCUCCGCUUCCUCCUCCUCUUCUAAUUCUUCCAGUGCGGUGAAGUGCCAGCUGUGCGACCGCAACCCGGUGGACGCGGCGGUGAUGUGCGAGCAGUGCGAUGUCUACUACUGUAACGCCUGCCAGCAGAGAUGCCACCCGUCCCGCGGUCCGCUCGCCAAACACCGCCUGGUGCCGCCGCCGAACCAAGCGGCGGGAGGAGGCGCGGCCGGCGGAGGAGGCAGCGGCGGUCAGCAGCCGCCUGCCACCGCGCGGAAACCGGCGACCUGCAUCGAUCAUGAAGCGGAAAACUUCAGUAUGUACUGCUACAGCUGCAAGAUUCCAGUGUGUAUGAAGUGUCUGGAGGAGGGGAAACACGCCAAACACGACGUCAAAACGCUGGCCAUGAUGUGGAAACAACACAAGUGCCAGAUCUCCCAGGCCCUGAAUGGCGUCUCUGAUAAAGCUAAAGAUGCCAAGGAGUUCCUAGUUCAACUCAAGAACAUGCUUCAGCAGAUACAGGAGAACGGCGUAGAAUUUGAAGCUUGUCUUGUGGCCCAGUGUGACUCUCUGAUUGAGGCGCUCACCAGGCAGAAAGCCAAACUGCUCACCAAAGUCACCAAGGAGAAGGAGUACAAGCUAAAGGUGGUGCGUGACCAGAUCACCCACUGCACCAUGAAGUUACGUCAGACCACUGGCAUGAUGGAGUUCUGCCUGGAAGUCCUCAAAGAGAACGAUCCCAGUGGAUUCCUACAGAUCUCAGAUGCUCUAAUCAAGCGGGUGACAUCGUCUCAGGACCAGUGGGUGAAAGGGGCCCUAGAGCCAAAAGUAGGCCCUGAGUUUGACCUCAUGAACACCGAUUCGCUACUCCAAACCAUCCUGCAGCUGGACUUCUGCCAGGGCAAAGAUGUGCAGGAGAAACCGUUAUUGAAACAAAUGCAGGCAGCAGGCAGUGAUGAGGCUGAGACGGAGACAGAGAGCCCAGGAGUGGAGUCUGGACCCGCAGUGCCGGCGGCUCCUCUCCUUCAGCUGGAGAAGUGCUGCACCAGGAACAACAGUGCCACCCUGGCCUGGAGGGUAACCACGCCCCCUGCCAGCCCUAUUGAGGGCUACAUCCUGGAGCUGGACGACGGCAACGGAGGACAGUACAGGGAGGUGUAUGUGGGGAAGGAGACGGUGUGUACGGUGGAUGGCCUCCAUUUUAACAGCUCCUAUAACGCCAGGGUGAAAGCCUACAAUGCCAUCGGUGUGGGGCCGUACAGCAAGACUGUGGUGCUGAAGACCUCUGAUGUGGCUUGGUUCUCCUUUGACCCGACUACAGCUCAUCGAGACAUCGUUCUGAACAACGAAAACCAGACAGUCACCUGUAGCAGCUACGAUGACCGUGUGGUGCUUGGAACUGCUGCUUUUUCCAAAGGCAUCCACUACUGGGAGGUCCGCAUCGAUCGCUAUGACAACCACCCGGACCCUGCAUUUGGCGUGGCAAGGAUCAAUACCAUGAAAGACAUGAUGCUGGGGAAAGAUGACAAGGCUUGGGCCAUGUAUGUGGACAACAACCGCUCCUGGUUCAUGCAUAACAACUCCCACACCAACAGGGCCGAGGGAGGCAUCACUAAGGGCUCGACUGUGGGCAUCCUGUUGGAUCUGAACAAACACACACUGACCUUCUACAUCAACAAGGAGCAGCAUGGACCGACUGCCUUCGAGAACCUGGAUGGGGUUUUCGUACCUGCCGUCAGUCUCAACAGAAACGUGCAGGUCACCUUACUGACAGGCCUGGAGGUGCCAAAAAAUACCAAACAGUAGGAGAUCCUUCCUCCCUCUGAGCGUGCC